AUGCCCCAGGAGACGGAGAGCACGCGGUCGCUGCGCCGCGGCGACAAGCGGGCCGAGUACACGCGGCCCGGCGUGUCCGAGGAGGAGAUCGACGAGAUCCGCCAGGCGUUCUGGAUGAUGGACACGCAGGACGGGAAGCGCGACGAGCGCGGUUUCAUCGACCCCAACGACCUCAUGGAGGCGAUGAACUCGCUGGGCAUCGACUGGAACAAGAGCGAGCUCUACCAGACGCUGUCCGAGGUCGACCACGACAACAGCGGCAACAUCGGCCUCGAGGAGUUCAUCAACCUGACGACGGCGCUCAUCACGGAGCAGGACCUGAGCCGGUCCGGCGAGCCGAGCACCUUCGACCUGCUCUUCAAGAAGUUCGACCAGCGCGGCGACGACUACAUCAAUUUGGACAGCCUCCGGCUCGUCUGCCGCGAGCUCGGCGAAACCCUCGGCUCGGGCAGCGAGCAGAGCGACGAGCAGCUCAAGGACAUGCUCCGCUUCGCGAAGCACGACGAGGGCGCCGCGGGCGGCGGCCCGCUCCAGGUCACGAAGCAGGAGCUCUGGGACUGCCUCUCGAGGACGCGCCUCAUGAAGUAG